UGUUUGUGGUGUGCUUCUUUCAUAGCAAAUAUCACUUUUUUCUUCCUCUCAAUUCUCGCUCUCUCUCCCAACUGAGAUGCUGUAAAUUGCUCGAUUUGCAUCCUCACCCUCACUGAAUGAGCUUCCAUGCCUUUGUUUGAGAUAACAAAUGCACAGCUAUACUUCCAAUGUCCCUUGUAUUCACUGAGGGCACCAAUGCCAUAUCAUGGUAAAGGUUCAUCGAUUUCGUUUGCCUUUGGUAAUGAGCAAAACGUUCUUUUUCCUUUGAAAUCAUUGAACAAGCUUAAAAAGGAAAAAUUCAAUGUGGCACGUGUUGAGUUGCCGAGGGGUAGAUUCCUGAUUAAGGCAGUUGCUACCUUAACCUUUGAACCAAAGAGUUUGGCUCCAAAAGGAGACAAAUGCAUGGACUCCUCCAAGGACUUUGAACUGGGUCUAAAUCCUGUCCCACCUGGGGCUCUGCUUGAAUAUUCUGAUGUAGAAUCAGAAGAACUUGAUGAGAGGGAGAAGUUGAGAAGAAUGAGGAUUUCAAAAGCUAAUAAAGGAAACACGCCAUGGAACAAAGGAAGAAAGCAUAGUGCUGAAACUUUGCGGAAAAUCAAGGAAAGAACAAGGCUCGCGAUGCAGAAUCCUAAGGUAAAAAUGAAGUUGAUUAAUCUCGGGCAUGCACAAUCUACAGAAACAAGACGGAAAAUUGGUGCUGGAGUGAGAAUGCGAUGGGAAAGGAGGCGUGGAAGGAAGAUGGUGCAGGAGACUUGCUGUUUUGAGUGGCUUAAUUUAAUUGCAGAAGCUUCUAGACAAGGCUAUGUUGGUCAGGAAAAGCUGCAAUGGAAUUCUUAUGAAACCUUGGAUGAACAGCUGAAGCAGGAGUGGUUGGUGAGUGUUGAACAAAGGAAACAAAUAGCAAGGGUACCAGGUAGCAGAAGAGCACCCAAGCCUCCUGAACAGAGAAGGAAAAUUGCAGAAGCCAUUGCUGCAAAAUGGGCUGAUCCUGAAUACCGGGGAAGAGUUCUCUUUGCAUUGGCCAAGUUUCAUAGCACUGAAGGUGGAGUUGAAAGGAAACCUAGAAGAAGGCCAAGUGAUGGUACACGACCCACAAGGAGGAAACCUAUCGUAAAAAGCGAUUCUGAUACUAACAUUCAUGUUAAGAGUGGCUCCAAAAUUCUUAAUCCGACCCUGUUGAAAAAAAGCAAAUCCCCUUCCUAUAAGGAUCCUUUGGUUAAUUCUAAGCUUGAGAUGAUAAAGAACAUUAGAGCAGAGAGAGCUGCUGCAGAAGCCAGACCAACUCAAGUCAUUGAACAAGCAAGACUAUUGAUUGCUGAAGCUGAGAAAGCUGCCAAGGCACUUGAGGUUGCUGCGACAAAGAGUCCCAUUGUAAAAUCUUCUCUGAUAGAAACCAGAAAGCUCAUAGCUGAAGCUAUUCGGUCACUUGAAUCCAUUGAUGCACAAGGGAUAACUGAGGGUAAUGUUCCUUCGGUUGGUUUGAGUGAGGCCUAUAAGGAAAAUGGAUCAGCAUUUGAAGUUCUAAACCAAUCACAAAUUGUCCAAGUAAAUGGACACACAACAUUAUCAUCAAGUCACGACAAGUUUUAUGAAGAUUUUGGCAAAUUUUCCUUGGAGAAGCCAGUUACUGGUGAUGCAGAACUUCACCUAAUCAAUGGCUGUGCUUACUUACCUUUUUCUUUGAAUGGCCAGAUAAAAGAAUGUAGUCUAUCAGAUCAACGAAGGGAAACAGAACAGGACCAGAGCAACGAAUACAAAACAGAUGUUUCUGCAACUGUGAUGGGAAAUCAGUCCCUUAAAGAUGAAACACUAUCUAAAUCUCCUAUAGUAACUAAAAAGUGGGUUCGCGGAAGACUCGUUGAAGUGGCCGAAGAGAAACAGUAAAAUAGGUAAAGUUUAGCUCAGUUUUCAAACAGUACAAAGCAAUGUCAUAUUGUUUGCUUCAUGUUAUAUAAAUCAGAGUAAAUGCCACAAAUAUUUUGUUCUUUAAUAGUGUGAUCAUUGCUUGCUCAACCAUGCUGGCACUCAUUCGAAUCAUGAGUUCACUUGCAUCGGUCCCUCAACAGCCAACCACAUGUAUGCCAAUCCGAGGGAGACUAUAAUAGCAAUCGCUCAUGAGAGGAUGCACUUCCGUCAGUUCGCAGGAUCUUCUACUUCAGUUAAUCAUGUUACAUUAAACUAUGACGUAAUCAUAUGAAUAUUUUGUUACAUUACAGCAAUUUUAUGUCGUAGUUUUCUGUAUUUUAUGCUGUAGUUUUGUAGCCACUGCAGAUAUUUGAGCCCAGGCUGUGGCCAAUUUUCCAUCAGCCAGGAAAUUCCAAUAUACUUGGGGUUGCGUCCGAAUUGUAUAGAGCAGGGUAGUGUUGGUUAAGGGAUUACGAAUUAUUUUUUUACAUGG